AUGCCUUUUAAGGAGUCCCCUGAGAAAGCUCUUGGGAACUCAUAUUAUAUAGCUAAGAAGUGCUUUUUAAAUCUAGAGAAAAAAUUUGCUAAGAAUCCUAGUCUUAAGAUUAAAUACAAGGAGUUCAUAGACGAGUAUGCUAAUUUAGGACAUUUAAGAGUUUUAAAAAAUAAACCUGAGUUCGGAUAUUAUAUGCCCCACCACGCAGUAAUACGGGAAAAAAGUGAAACCACUAAACUGCGGGUAGUGUUCAAUGCCUCAUGUAAAACUAGUUCUGGAAAAUCACUUAAUGAUAUACAGAUGGUCGGGCCAGUUAUACAGAGUGAUUUAAUAUCAAUUUUGCUUCGCUUUCGUAAACAUAAAUAUGUUCUCACCGGAGAUAUAGAGAAGAUGUUUCGGCAGACUGAAAUUAAGGAACAGCAGCGCCACCUACAACUAAUAUUAUGGCGCGAUGACGAAACAAAACCGAUAGAUAUCUUACAGCUAAACACAGUAACUUAUGGUACUGCGUCCGCACCAUUUCUCAGUACUCGAUGUUUGCUACAGUUAGCAAAAGAAUGUGAGGAUAAGUCUAUAGCAUGUGUCAUUGAAAAUGAUUUUUAUGCUGAUGAUUUAAAUACUGGUUCCGAAACUGUAGAGGGUUUAAAAUAUAUUUAUAGGGAAGUUGUUGCUACUCUUGAUUCAGCACAAUUGCCUUUAAGAAAAUUCAGAACAAAUUGUCCUAGCUUAUUUGAAAAUGAUGAUGAUACAGCAAAAUUUGUAGAUUUUAAUAAGGAAUCUAGUGUAUUAGGUCUUAUUUGGUGUCCUAAGUCUGAUAAUUUACUAUUUUCCACAGAUUUACAGCAUUCUGCUCAAAUAACCAAACGGUCAGUAAUCUCUACUACGGCCAAAGUAUUUGAUCCUUUAGGACUAUUAAGCCCUUGUAUUAUAGUACCUAAAAUUUUACUACAACAAUUAUGGUCUGCUAAACUGGACUGGGAUGACCCAGUACCAGCUGAAUUUUGUAAGGAUUGGUCUAGCCUUUUGAAAGAAUUUUCAUAUUUGUCUGAUAUUAAUAUAGAACGUUGGGUUUUAUGUGACAAUCCUAAAACUAUAGAACUACAUUGUUUUGUCGAUGCCUCACAACAAGCCUACGCGGCAUGUAUCUACUUGCGCUCUGAAGACUGUACUGGAAAGGUAACAGUUAGGUUGUUGUGUGCUAAAGCACGAGUCGCCCCAAUGAAUCCAACCACUAUACCGAGGCUGGAGUUGUGUGGCGCACUCCUAGGGGCUCGUCUAUGUUCAAAGGUAUUAGAUUCCUUACAAUGUAAUAUAUCCCGAAAAGUUCUAUGGUCUGAUUCGAUGGUUGUGUUGGGAUGGGUGCAAACUCCACCCAGGGAUCUUAAAGUAUUUGUUUGUAAUAGAGUGAACGAAAUAAAUCAACUGACACCGGGAUUCGACUUUAGGUAUGUACCAACUGAUCAAAACCCUGCAGACAUGGGUUCUAGAGGUGUGUCUCCCAAGCAGUUAAAAGCUUCUAGCCUUUGGUGGGCAGGGCCUUUGUUCCUCGCUAAUGACCCUACUUGUUGGCCUACACAACAACAAAUCCCUAGUUUACCAGAACUUAAAAUCCCACGGCACUUCCUUGUCGGGCGACCUCUCACGUCGUUACCGUCGGCACCUAUUAAUACGAAGAGUCCAAAUCGUUACCAACUUAUAGAGAAAAUCAGACAAGACUUCUGGCAAAGAUGGCGCCGGGAGUUCGUAGCGGAGCUGCAGCAACGCACGAAAUGGAAAACCAGGCAGCAUGAGCUUCGUGUGGGUGAUCUGGUGAUCCUGAAGGAAGAAAAUGUUCCCCCACUGCAAUGGAGACUCGGCCGUGUCACACGUUUGUAUCCUGGGACGGAUGGAGUCAGCAGGGUGGCCGAUGUCAUGUCUUCCAGAGGCACAGUACGAAGGGCUGUGAACAAAAUGUGCAUCCUACCAAGUUCAGCCCCAGCAGACACGACACUGAUCAAUGAUGACAAGGAUGCUGCCGAGAAUAAAGAAGCUUGA